CGACACGACACUGACACGACACUCGAUAAUGUUGUAGUCUAACCUCAAAUUCUUUAUCGGAGUGGCAAUCACAACAAGUGAAUGAAAAAGCGACGCGGCAAGAUUUAUUGUUGUCAAAGUUGAUGAAAAUUGUUUAUCAUUAGGAGAAAUUUUUACAGAGGUUAACCCAGUGAAUAAUGUCGAGUGAAUUGAAUAAUGUGGAAUUAGUUAAUCCGUGAGAGAAAUAAUGGGGGAUAUACGUGCAGGACUGGAGGAUAUUAAGCUCGAUGAGGCACUAUUUGCCGAUGUUAAAUACUACGUCAGUGGUGAAGCUGAACCUAAGAUUAUCUCACUACUGCAAAAAGGUGGCGCAGAGCGUUGCAACUACUUCAGUAGCUUCGUAACCCACCUAAUAGCCGGUUAUGAGGCCCUAGAAACCGACAUAUGUCAAGCAAAAGAGUUAUACGAAAUUCCAGCAGUGACCCACGAUUGGGUUACCAUCUCGGCCCAAUGCAAAAAGCUCCUGCCAACGAAAUAUUUUUCCGCCGAGGAGAAUCAAUUAUUCUCGAUGGUGAGAGCCUGUAUAUCCCAGGUGAGCCUGGCUGAUAGUAAAGCCCUGUGGGGAAUGAUAACUCUGCAAGGUGGUAAAUGCCAGUUGCGUUUGGAUCGUUUCUGUACACACUUGAUCGUGACUAAACCAAGUGGUUCGAAGUUCGAGGCUGCUACGAGGCAUCACAUGAAGAUUGUCACACCAGAUUGGGUGGUUGAUUGUUCCAAGAAACGAGCUAUUGUUCCAGAGGCUGAAUAUCACCCAAGAUUACUGGUACAACCGUCACCAAACAGCUCGACAGCGCUGAUAACAGGUUUCAUGGAUAAUACCGAGGACAAUGGAGGAACGCAGGGUGAUCAAGACCGUACGAAGGUCAUGUUAGAACAAUUGAAGCAGAGAAUGCCAUGGAAUCAAUCGAAUCCUCCGGCCAAUGUUCCUCAAUCAUCUCCAUCACCUCAAGGAAUUAAUCAGCAGAUACCGACGAGCUCCCCCAACCUUCAGCAGCCGCAGGAGAAUCCAUCCCCAGUUAAUUCCGGCCAAAUAACAUUACAAGUGCAGAGACAAGCAUCGCAAUUCCGAAACGUAUCGACUCCAAGCGUGACGAACUAUUCCACACCAGUUGUCUCAACAAAUCAGACUCCGUCUCAAAAUCCUCAGAGCCAGAAUUGGCAUCAGCAAAUUCCUCAAGUAAAACAGCAAAUACAAUCAUCACAGCAACAGCAGCAGGAACAGUUGUCCCAGGGACAGGUGCACGUGCAGCAAUUGCAACAGCAAAUGCCAAAUCAAAAUCCUCAACAGUCGCUGCCACUCCCGCAAGUUUCCAAUCAGAUAAAUCAACAGAUGCAGAUGCAAGUGAGUUUUCCCCAGCAGCUGAUGCCUCAGCAGUCACCCCAGAUGACGAGUCCCUCGUCGACUCAGGGGAUUGCUCAGAUACAGCAGCAGAUGAUGCCACCUCAGCAGAAUCUUCAAAUGUCCCAUCAAACAUUGAUUCAACAGAAGCCUGUAAUUCAGCAUCAAAUGCCACAGCAGGUGAAUCCACAACCUCAGUUGAGCCCACUACCUCAGUCCAAACAAGUGAAUUCCCAACAAGGCUUGAAUCAGGGGCUCCAUGGGCACAUGCAACAGCAACAGAUACCCCAACAGCCCCAGCCGAUGGUGUCUCAGUCCCAAGUGCUGCCUCAACAAACCCAGAUGAUCCAGCAGUCUCAGAAUCUACAGCAAUCCCAGAUGGUUCAGCAGCCCCAGUCGAUGCCUCAACAAUCUCCACAACCUAUCCUCCAGCAGAAUCAAAUUCCCCAGCAAAUUGGGCUGCAGCAGCAAUUGCCCAAUCAACAAACUCAUCAGCAACAACAGUUGCCCCAGGAGCAACGUCAACUGAUCCAACAAUUGCCGAAUCAACAGCCUCACCAACAGCAACUGACACCCGAGCAGCGACAGCAAUUACUGGCUCUCCAGCAACAGCAGAAGAUCCAGCAGAUCUCGCAGCAACUGCAGCAAUCAGCACCCCAGCCGUCACAACAAUUUAUCAUUAGAGAUGGUCAGCUGCAGCAGCAGGCAGGGACUCAGAUAAUAAACCAGAGUCAAUCGGGUUUCAUAGUGAAUAGAGAAGUCUGGCAGCAGCAGCAGUACCACCUGCAGCUGCAGAGACAACAGCAGCAACAACAGCAGUUGGGCCAGCCAAGACCCGGUGGUCAGUGGACCCAACAACCACCCCAGCCACCUCGUCAGCUGAUUCAGUUGGAUGCCCAGACCCACCAGCAACUCCAGCAAAUGGACCCACAGCAACGAGCACAAUUCAUUCAGAAGAUCCAGAAACAACGGAAUAUUCUCCUCCAAAGACAAAUGCAGAAUCGAACAGCUCAGGGGCCUCACGGAGGUGUCAUCAGGGCUUCAGCAGCCCCAGGCCAGCCAGGUCUCCAAUGGGUGCAGCAACGUCCUCAGAUGAUGACAGGAGUGACAUCAGUAGCCGGGCAGAAACCCCUUCAUCCUGGUGUUCAACCCCCUGCUCUCACCCCGAUAAACUCCUCCAACCAAGUGAUCGUUCCCUCGGGACAACCAGUGCCAGUUCAGUCCCCUCAGGCCGCAGGUCAACCCUUCCAACAAGGCCAACUGACCCCUCAACAAAUUGCCCAGCUGCACCUCCAAAAACAACAGCACCUGGCGAGACUCCAACAGCUCCAACACUUGCAGCAGUCACCCCAGCAAUCUCAACCCCAGGUUCAACCGCAGUCUCAGCCACAGCCUCAACAAUCCCCCCAGCAGCCACAACAAACGUCACAAACUCAAUCUCAACCUCAACCACAACCACUGCUCCAGUCCCCCUCGCAGUCUCAACCGCAGCAGUCGCCAGUUCAAUCAGAGACACCAUUAACAUCCCUCCCUGGUAAUUCUCAGAUGCCCCCUGACCAGCAGCUUGUGGUGAAUGCUAAAACAAAAACAGCUCUUGCCAAUAUGCUGACUAAUCGUUUACAGGGGGGAGCAGCAGAGGGAAGUGCUGCUGGUCAGUUGAGGCUCAUGACAGCCCAGCACAGGCCACCACCGCCACCCUCCCAAGAUCCAGCCCUCCUCGCUGCUUAUCAAAGACGCUCCCUCGGUAAUAUCACCAAUGGAGCAGCCCAAGGACCAAUGAAAAUGCAAUAUGCACCAGCGAUGGCCCAACCCAAAGCCCAAUUCUACGGUCACAAUCCCAAUUUAAAAUUACCACCAGAUUUAUUUUUACUCGGAUGCAUAUUUGUCAUUGUUGAGUACGAGAGCCAGUACUCAACUGCGGAAGUGUCUCAUUGGAAACGAGUUAUUGAACGUCAUGGUGGAGAGGUGGAGCCCCAAUACUGUGCACGAGCUACUCAUGUUCUUGCAAUUACCCAGAAACAUCCAAUUGUGGUGCAGGCACUUAGAGAGGGAAAACGAUGUGUCAGUGCCCACUGGUUGUCGGAUGUUGUGGGUAAACAGCAAGUGGUCCCACCCUGGCAUGCACUACACUUUCCAAUUCCUUAUGGUCUGAAUGAGCUGCCGUGUUCCAAGCAGAAUAUGUCGUUUUCGGGAUUCGAAGGGGAGGAGAGGGUGAAAAUCAAGGGAAUGUUGGACGUUUUGGAGAUCAAAUAUACCACGUACUUCUCACAUCACAACACAUUGCUGAUUACUCGAAGGCCAGAUGGACCAAAGUACAAGAAGGCGAGGGAAUGGCAGAUCAGCGUAGUCAAUGCUCAGUGGUUGACUGAUGUCAUCUGUGGACAGGUCAGUGCUAUUCAUCAGAUCGACGCACCCAAGUACCAGCAGUUCAACGCGAGCAAUCCGUUUAGACUUGACUACUCACUUGUUCCGCAUCUCAUGGCCGCCUGGAAGAUGCCUAUUAAUAUAACGCAAGAAUCGUAUGACAAGGUGAAACAAGUGGGCCAGGGGCCCAAUGCUAUGAGAAAGCACAAAAAGCCGAGGCUCGAUGGACCACUUCUGAACAAGGAUCCUCAUUUGCUGGGUCUCGAUGAACCCGUUGUCAUCAGUAAUCCUGAUCCACCGACACUCGAGAAACAACCCAGGAUCCUCUUUUCCGGGACCAAUCCAGCGAAAUAUGCCAAGAGGAUCAGAGAACUGGGGGGAGCUUUGGCUGCCAGCUGGAGGGAUGCCACUCACCUCGUUAUGCCAGCAGCUUUCAGAACUGUUAAACUACUCUGCUGUUUGUCCAGAGUUAAGUGCAUUGUAAAUAUUCAGUGGUUGCUCGAUUGCUUUGGAAAGAAUACUUUCAUCGAUGAGAGCUCGUAUAUCCUGGGUGAUGCGGAGUUCGAGAAGAAUUUUCAUUGUAAUAUUGAGAAGGCACUGGCUAGCCCUAAUCGGGGGGCUGUACUUAAGGGGCUGACAUUUUACGUAACACCAAGUGUAGUGCCAUCUCCCACCGCAUUUUCGGAAAUAAUUGAGAGUGCAGGUGGUACAAUGGAGAAAAGCCGUCGCUCACUUGUGCAAAUACAGGAAAUGAAUUCUGGUGGUAAAUUGAACUACAUCAUCGUUACACAGGAGAACGAUCUCCACUUGCUCGCUGAUGUUCUACAAGCAAAUAUUCUUGUGUUCAGUGCAGAAGUUGUCCUGCGCUCUGUGGCCAGGCAGAACUUUCACAUCGAUACCAAUCAAUUGUGAGUUACUGAUCAAUCAUUUGACGGCGCAAUUUUCCAAGCUCUGUAAACAUUUGAAGGAGAGAAUGAGAAGAAAUACAGAUCUAUUCUGAUUUAUUUUCACAAAAUGUAAAAAUGAGUUCAUUAUGUAAGGGGACAAUAAAGAUACAUAAUUUUCUGGUAAUACAUUAGGUAAUUUACGAGAGUAUACGGCUAUGCAUUUUGAUGAAACAAUUUAAUCAUCCAAAGUUAAUAAAUUUAUGAAUUCAUACAAUU